AUGAACCUUCCAUCCUCUGAUAGUGAGGAUCUUAUAAUUGACACAGACAUGUUCAGCGAUGUCGGCGAUGCCGGUGCUCUUCUUUUGGCGUGCGCCAACAAAAAGACCAACCUACUGGCUGUUAACAUUAACCAACCAUCAAUAUACUCCGCCAUGGCAGUUUUGAACAUGUUGGGCUACUAUAAGUUACCCCGGGUCCCUGUGGGGGUACGUAGCCCGCGGACGAAUGAGACCUAUCUUGACACAACCUCCUUCGAGCAUGGAGAAUAUGCGUCAAAGAUCACCCACCAUUGGAAAGGGUACCUGUCUCCAGUGCACCAACGUGGCCAGGACUGGCUGGUUCACGACCCUGUUAGGCUGUAUCGACAUUAUUUGGCUCAAGCUGGGCCAAAUGGGGUGAAGAUUGCCAGUCUUGGCCAGCUGGACAAUCUGGCUGAUCUUCUUGACUCCUCUGGCGAUAACCUUUCCACUUUGUCGGGUUAUGAGCUCGUUAGUCGGACAGUCAAAGAGCUCAUCAUCAUGGGGGGCGAGUAUCCUCACGGUCUAGAGGACAAUUUCCGUCUUAGUCCAGGCGCAGCAGCAAAGGUCUCUCUUGACUGGCCUGGUAAAAUCGUCUUCGCGGGGGCUGAGCUCGGCCAGAAUGUAUUUUCCGGAGCCAGGUUCAUCACUCAGGGUAAUGCUAGCGACCCCGUCAGGGCAGCGUAUGAGUGGUAUAAUGGAUACAACCGUUCUCGCCAAUCCUGGGAUCCCCUCACAAUGCUAUAUGCUCUCGAAGGACCUACUAAGACGUUCAAGUUGGCCGGCACAAGCGGUCAUAAUUUCGUUUAUCCGAAUGGGACAAACGUCUGGAUGAAGGGUAAUCUGCAAUACCCAAGGGCUUAUUUGAAGCUGAAGGUCUGGAAUGAGACUGUGGCUGCCAAACUCGACAAUUUGUAUCUUCGGGGUGCGGCGCGGUUUGCGAGAUAG